ACAUUUCAAAAUCAAAAAUUGUUGCUUCACGUCACCUCACUGUACUCAGCCAUUCGGCUGUAUUUUAAUAUUUUUUUUAAAAACAAAUAUAAUAUUUUUAUCAAUUUUUCAAUUUUAAAGUUACGGUUCUCGUCAAAUUAUGGAAUAUAUUGCUUCCGAAAAGGGGGAUUCAACAGAAAAUAGAGACCCGAACUCAUUAGUAUCCAAUGGCACUCCCAAGACUGCGAUAGAUAACAAACCAAAUGUGGACAGUGAAAAAACACACAUGGAAGCUACUGAAAGCGCACCAUGUACUUCGGAGUCCACUGAAGAGUCAGAAGUCUGCGAGAUUCCGGAACAGGUCGAAUUUACUGUAGUUUUUAACAAAGUGAAACAUGACAUAACAUUUGCGUACGACGCAUCUGUAUUAGAAUUAAAGGCACACUUGGAAAGAAUAUGUGGUGUGCCACAGUCCGCACAGAAACUCAUAAUUAAAGGCAUGGCCAGAGACGACAUGACGCUCAGGAAGGCGGGAAUUGUAAAAAGUGGAAAAGUAAUGCUAGUCGGAUCUAAGAUGGAUGACAUCCUUGCUGUGAAAAGUGCUCCCAAGGAAAUAUUAGAAGAAAAAGCCAGUAGUCAGUCAAGUAAAGAGCCACUUUCCAUACAAAAGAUCCAUAGAAAGGUUCUAGACAAAGGCAUCCCUCCUGAUGUCAUGCCAGGAAUCAAAGGAGUCAAGGAACCUUUACCACCAAUUCCAUUAAGUGGAAUGUUGAAUAAGCAUGGAGGCAAAGUGAGACUUACCUUCAAACCAGAGCAAGACCAGCUUUGGCUUGGUACCAAAGAACGUACUGAAAAGCUUGCUAUGACUUCUAUUAAAAGCAUCACAUCAGAACCUAUUAAAGAUCAUGAAGAGUAUCACAUCAUGGGUCUUCAGCUGGGACCUACUGAAGCCUCUAGAUAUUGGGUGUACUGGGUACCAGCUCAAUACAUAGAGGCUAUAAAGGAUGCUGUUCUUGGUGUUUGGCAAUUUUUCUAAUCACACCACUCAUUGUUCUCAGUCCAUUUCUGUAUCUACCUUUAUGGAGCUAAAUGGGUAGUUGCAAUAUAAAUAUAAUAUAUAUGGUGUCCAUUUCUUACCGGUACAAUAUAAUGGUACCAUUUCUUUUGUGAUAUCACAAUGCCAUGUCAAUUAAAAUUGUCCAUUGGAAAUAUUGAAGUACUGGCAUCUAUCUGGUCAAAUGCGAAAUUAUUUAUUGUUAUUGUAAGUUGCAUUGUGCAUUAGGUGAGCUGUUCAUUGAUGCUGAUUUUACAAUGAAUCUAUUAAUGUUAUUUUAAUCUGGAUAAAUAUCCAUGAGCUUAUUGACCCUUCAAGUUUCAAACCUGAUCUCUAUUGGAACAUUACAUUUUAGUGAAGAAUUGGACAGAACUUUUUGCAUAAUUGACUGUCAUUUCUUAUUGAUGUUUAGAGUAAUUUGUGAUGAUUGUAGUGGUUUUAAAAUUAUUGUGUAUUAAAAAAUAAAUAAGUACAUGCAUAAGUUUUGACGCCAAUCCUUCACUGAAAAAUUUUAAUA